GCGGCCGCCACAGAAGGCCCAAACUUUAUCCAGAAUGGUUACGUUAAAGGCGCUUGUCUUCUUGUUCUGUCUUGGUGUGGUGGUGAGCGAGGAGGCAGCCCGGGAGAAGCGUGGCGGUGGGGGUUAUGGCAGUGCCGGACACGGUCAUGGGGGACAUGGAGGCGGCGGCUAUGGUACUGGCGGUGGCGGCUACCUGAUCGUUGGUGCUGGUGGCGGCGGCGGCCAUGGACCUAGCGCUGCUGACAUCGCCAACCAGGCUGCACAUCAAGCCACAGCCGCUGCCACAGGUCUUCCUGGAGCUGCCAACGCAGCCGCAGGAGCCGCAGCUAAUCAGGCUGCUGCUGCUUCAUCGGCUGCAGCGCAAACAGCUCAAGCUGCUGCAGCCAAUCAGCAGUCUCAGGCAGCACAGAUCACGACUGCUGCCCAAGGAGCGCAGGCAGCAGCCUUCGCCGAAGGCUCAAUGACCUCCCGGACCAUAGCAGCCGAGCAGGAAGCCAAGAACACGUACAAUCUGGCGGUGCAGGCAGCCAACGAUAUUGACGCUGCUCACGCCGAGGCUCGAGGCAUCGUGGAGGAGACUUACCAGGCCCUGGUGGCUGCCAGAGCUAUGAGGGCAGCGCAGGCAGCCAUGGCCUGGCAGGCUCAGCAGGCCGCCUACUCACUUAACCAGCAGCAGAAUCUGUCCCUCAACGACCUGCAAAAGGCAAAUCAAGCAGCUGCCCAGGCCGAGGCAGCAGCAGCUAAGGCACUGGCGAAGGCCAAGAAUGGAGGCUACGGAUAUGGAACACAUUAGAAGAGGGAUCACUGGCAUUAACAGGGUCAGGACAGUUGCAAUAUGACAGAUGAUAUACUGCAGUAUCCACUGACCAGUAUUAAAGAACACCUGUCCUAGGGUGUCCGGUAAUGUCAAGCGUUUUACGUGUAAUUUCGAUACAUUUCUAAUUUUUAUGAAAAUUCUAAGUGAUAUGUAUAUAGUAGCAAAAAGUAGAUGAACUUAAUGUAAAGUGUAAGUGAAUAUAAUCAGUAUUAACCUGAAUUUACCAACUUAAGUAGUUUGAUUAUCUUGAGAUGGUGAAGGAUGAAAAAAGAGUAAAUAUUACCAUAUAGGCAUUAUUAGGCAUAGUUAUAGCAAUACUAACAAAAUGUUGUGGUUAUUUAAAAGCUUCUCUGAAUAGAGUUUUUUAUCUUUUGAAAUGCAUAAAAUUAAGACCAUGCAGUU